AUGCGUCCCGCCAGGUCGACUUUCCUAAUCGCAGCCCCCCCGUUACUCUUUCUAUGCUCUUCUACCUCCGGAGCUGAACCUUUACGAAAUGGACUAAAACCGUGUACCAUAUUCUCACCAACCACGGGCGCCUAUUUUGAUCUUAAUGCUAUAGCGCUAUCACCGCCAGUAAUUAAAGAUGGGAAGAAAGUUCACAAUAAAGAUAGGGAAGAGAGUUGGCAUGCUAAAGGAUACGAUUAUCCCGCAAAUUUCACAUUAAACAUCUGCGCUCCUGUUAUCGAAGAUUUGAAGGAUGUGGUUGGAGUGGACAAGUCCAAAUGGGCAAACGAACUCGUUUUCCGCGGACGUAGCCUGGUCCUUAACUACACCGACGGUUCCCCUUGUCCUGCGCUGACAUCAUCGAAGGCCAGUGGAUUCGGAACCACAGACCAAACUCCUAAUAAGGACAAGGUAUUGGGCCAAGGUGAUGAUAACGGCCCUGAUAAGGAUAAAGAUCAGGAUGACAAGACCGAUGAUAAGGACAAACAUGACGGAAAGAAGGGGGGAAAUUCUUCUGAUCACGAGCCUGCUGAUUCAUCCCGCCGAAAAUCUACUAUCUUGUCCUUCCUAUGCGAUCGGGAUCUGGUGUCCCCAGCGGCAAGUGUGACGUUUGUCGGAACUCUCGAUUCGUGCACCUAUUCCUUUCAGGUACGAAGCGCCGCUGCAUGCGGCGGUUUUGCACGCACUGAUGGUGGACUGGGUCCAGCUGGUGUCUUUGGUGUGAUUAAUGCACCAGCGUGGGUGGAGACAAUGCCCGAAUUACAGCAUGUGGGCCAGUGCCGUUUCAUUCCUACGGGUAAGUUCAUUGUCUAUACUAUCGUCCACCGCACCACUAUCCCGAGCCCGCACACGUGGCAGCGCCACAACAACAUAUCCGCCAUUCGGCAAACGGAAAAAUCUUUCUUUGCCUGUUUCACGGCUUGA